GCUAGGAGCCACGCUGGAGAGCAUACAAACAGCCUACUGACCUCUGAUGCAUGAGGCAUGAAGAAAAUAGACUGUGAUUGACUAUGUGGACCAUCUGGGCGAUCUUCUGGAUUUCAGCUGUCCCGAUCAAAGCUAUUCCACCUGUCUGUGACCUUCUGAGUGUCCUGAAAAGGGAGGAAGAAAAGUGUGUGGAGACUCUUUCCCUGGAGGCAAGGAACAGAACAACUGAAAAUGAUCUGCUCCUGAGCUCAGGCAGAUGUGCUGGAAUGUGGGACAACAUGAGCUGCUGGCCUUCAUCCACUGUGGGACAGACUGUCAAUGCUCACUGCCCUGAAUUCUUUCAGAUGCUGACUGGGAAAAAAGGUUUUGUGUACCGAAACUGUACGAGUGAGGGCUGGUCAGAGCCGUACCCGAGACCUGACAUUGCUUGUGGCUACAAUGUCAACGACACCACCAACGAGGCCAGACGUUCCUAUUUCAUGACCCUGAAGACCAUGUACACCAUCGGAUACUGCACCUCCCUUGUGACGUUGAUGAUAGCUUUGGUGGUCCUGGCCUCCUUUAGAAGGCUUCGCUGCACAAGGAACUACAUCCACAUGCAUCUCUUCACAUCAUUCAUUUUGAGAGCUUCAUCCAACUUCAUCAAGGAUGCAGUCUUGUUUUCCUCUGAGGACACAAAUUACUGUGGGGCAUACACGGCUGGCUGUAAGCUCACCAUGGUCUUCUUUCAGUAUUGCAUCAUGUCUAACUACAGCUGGCUCCUCGUGGAAGGACUGUACCUCCACACUCUCCUGGUGAUUUCCUUCUUCUCGGAAAGGAAGUUCCUCUUGUGGUUCAUCGCCCUUGGAUGGGGUGCCCCAGCGGUGUUUGUGGCUGCCUGGGCAACUGCUCGGCAGCUCCAUGAAAAUAUUGGGUGUUGGGACAUUAACACUGAUGCCAAUACCUGGUGGAUCAUUAGAGGCCCCAUAGUUGUGUCUAUAUUUAUUAAUUUCAUUCUCUUUGUCAACAUUUUAAGAAUCCUGAUGAGGAAACUCAGCUCCCCUGAAAAACGGAGCAGUGAUUUCAACCAAUACAAGAGACUUGCAAAGUCAACACUCCUCCUCAUCCCCCUCUUUGGGGUUCACUAUAUCAUCUUCGCUUUUUUCCCUGAGGAUGCAAGCAGUGGCACAAUGGAAAUUCAGCUAUUUUUUGAAUUGGCUCUUGGAUCAUUCCAGGGCUUUGUUGUGGCUGUACUUUAUUGUUUUCUUAAUGGUGAGGUUCAGCUGGAAGUUCAGAGAAAGUGGAGGCAGUGGCAUUUAAGGAAGCAUUGGCGACAGCACCUGAGCACGUCAGCGAGUAACGGAGGGAGCGGCUUGACCCAAGAGAUGCAGAUGGUGAGGUCCAGCCCAGCAGAGCACAGGAGAGGAACCCUCCAAAGGUCAAGUGUGCUGUAACUCUGUGCACCUGAGGG